UUUACUCUUUCAUAAUCUGUAUUGUGUAAAUGAAAAUUUUUAUGGAAUAUUAGUUCAAGAUUACCAUUUGCUUAAUAACCAAAUAUUUCAAAUAUAGCUGAAAAUAUCUUGUGAAACCAAUGGGAAACAUCACAUAGGCAAAUUAUUUUAGGCGCGUUGCUGCCUAAGACAGCCGCAAUGGAGGCAUCAGUUGAUUUCAACCUCCAUUGGGAGGAGGUUGUGAUAAAGAACUCUCCCAAACAUGAAAAUGAGACAAUGUGCAACCUUGAUAGUGUACAAAGCUAUUCAACAAUGACAUCUGAAGAGAUAAUAGCAGAUACAGAUCAAAUGGCUGCAGAAAAUCUGAUGUUUCUAUCGCAGGAUGUAGUUGGUUAUACAGAACCGGUAUUGCCAGAUGAAUUGAACGUUGAAUGUGUCACUGAAGAAGUUAUAACUGAUGAUUGGGUACUAGCUGGAGGACAGGAAAGAGUGGAAGUACCUAUGGAGCAAUUAGUACAUAAUGUGUCUGAUGUGAAAGUUGAAAAUGAUAUUGAUGUCCCAUUACCAACUGAUCAGGACCAGUACACAGCGAUGAGGCCGUGGCCGUGCGACUUCUGCUCGAGACGGUUCCGCAAGAAGGCGGCCCUCAUGAACCACAUGGUGGCGCACCAGAAUGACAGGCCGCAUGCGUGCAACUUGUGCGGCGUGCGGUACGUGCGCAAGUGUGAUCUCAUGAACCACCUGAAGGUGCACGCCUUUGUACCCGACAACCAUGAUACCAUGGAUUAUGAUGACGUUAUUAAUAACAGUCCAUUAUUAAAGCCAAAGAAAAAAAGGGGACGAAGAAAAAAAAAUCCGGAACCAGAAGAGGAUGGUGUGUGGGAGAACAUGACGUCAGCGCGCACGCAGCAGUGGCAGCGGCGUGCACGUACACCCGUGCGUCGCUCCCCCUCCCCGCCAUCUGAACCGGACCCACCCCCUGAACCCUCGCCGCCUUCCCCGCCCUCACCCCUACCACCCACAGACCCCUCACGACCAUUUGUAUGUCGUCAUUGCGGGGUCGGCUUCGCAAGAGAGAAGGCGUUGCAGUCACAUUCUAGAAUCCACGGCGGAGACUCACCAGUGGAGUGCGGCGAUUGCGGCGAGCUGUACUGGUCGCGCGAAGCGCUCGCAGCGCACGCCGCACACAAACACCCGCAUGCUGCUCCACGCGCACGACGAGACCCCUCUUACGAACUCUCAAACUCAGACGAUGACUAUGACUACCGCAUGUCGCUGGAGUCGAGCAGUGAACGCACGGGGUACGAGGCCCGCGGGCCCGAGCUGCGCUGCCAGGACUGCGGAGUCGCUUUCCAGCGUGUUGACUUGUUGCGUCGUCACGUCGCUGCCGCUCACAAUUAUAAGCGGCAUGAUAGCACGAGCAGUGCUGGAGGUGGCGGUGGUGGCGGCGCAUGGGGGUGGGGCGAGCACGCGUGUGACGUGUGCGGCGAGACAUUCGCAGAUCCGCUGCAGCUGCUUGCGCAUGCUGAGGGCCAUGCGGAACGACACCGGCCCAAUUCCACCAGAUUAAAAAGAAUGGGUCGCGGCAAGACCACCACGGCAUCUUCUAAUAACUCGAGACAGUUUCCUUGUAGAGAGUGCGGCAAGGUGUUUGGUUCGCGCAGCUCGCAGCAGAUCCAUGUGCGUAUUCACACGGGCGAGCGACCGUACGCGUGCCGCUUCUGCUGGAAGGCCUUCGCGGAUGGCGGCACGUUGCGCAAGCACGAGCGCAUACACACCGGUGAGAAGCCGUACGGAUGUGCGGUGUGCCCGCGCGCGUUUAACCAGCGUGUCGUGUUGCGCGAACAUGUUCGCUCCCACCACUCCGCGCCCAACAGACGCACCAACGGCAGCAACGUGUAUACGUGCGUAGUUUGCGACCGCACGCUGCACUCUAGUGUGGAGCUGGUGCAGCACCUCAUACAGCACUGCGACGCCAAUACCGCCCUCAAACGGCAGCCGCAGAACGGCCCUCGGAAGUACAAGCGGCGGCGGAAAUUGAAAACUGAACUUGUGUCGCCGAAACGUGAAUGGGAGGAGCCUGAGCGUGCGUCCUCCCCCUCCGCCGCAUCGGGUGCUUCCCGCUCCCCACCACGUGCCUCUCCGCCGCCCUCACCUCCGCGUCGUCUCGCCUCCCCGCCACGCCGCGCCCCACCACCUCCACGCCGGCGACGUCGCCGCGCACCCCCUGCGCCGCCCCGUCCUCGCAUGAUACACACCGAGGAGGCCAGGCCCAGGACUAAGCAAGUGCGCGGCCGCAAAUCGCCGAGGCAGCCCGCUGACGACUUGCGCGCAAUCGCCGUGCCCGCCUCGCCGGCCUCCCCUUCCCCGCCGUCGCCACCCUCGCCGAGCAUGGCGCACGCAUCCCCCGACUCCCCCGACACGAUGUCUCCGCGCUCAACGCAUUCUCCCCACUCCCCGGCUGGGCCGUUCAAGUGCGAGAUGUGCUCGCUGGAGUUCGAGGACCGCGACGCUCUUCUGUUGCACGUGCCUGUACACAUUUGACGCGCGAGCUCGCGACUACGCACACGGAAUUGUAGAAAUCUCGCCGGCGUGUAACCACAUAAAACACACUAGUGGGUAAAUAUUUUAAUAUACUAGUGCUCGGAUGGCGAACUUUUACGUGUCGAAGUACUUUUAUCAAGAAAUGUUUGAUGCGGUCAUAAACGUGUCAUCAAAUAAUUAUGAUAAUAAUGGAAACAUUCCGCAGCGUAGAGAUCACUUGUGUUGGCUCGUCAUUGUGCUGCGUGCCAUUGAUCCGCUAUCCCUGUACUAGUGUGUGGUAUUAAAAAGGCCUUACUCAGGUAAUUACAUGAUUCACACACGCAUUAUUGCACGUUUUAAUUUUUUGAUACCUAACUUGGACGCUUAUUUUAUUAUUGUUAUUCAAAUAAAAUGGAAACUUAAUAAUUGCUCGAAUCUUUCAAUGGCAAUUUUUGUAUUGAGAUAGUAUUUGAGGUGGUCCUUAUAUAAGUGUACAUAUUUGAAUAUAAUGUACAAUUAAAGAGUUUUAAUUGAUGUAAAUAAUAACUGUAUUUUGUAAAAAAAAUAGGAAUCAUUCAAAUUAUAAUUUUGGCUGUGACUGUCUGACCCAUAAGUUAAAGCAAACUAUGUUUAAAAUAACAUAAUUUUAUUCAACUUUAUGAGUUUCUAAAGUAUUUUGAAUAAUGUAAACUAUUUGUAAAGUUUAUUAUUAUUUUAUAAAUUGUAAAAACCAAAAACUUUUGUAAUCUGAAUUUACUUAUUGAGAAUAUUGUAAAAUAACAAAAUGAAAUAAACAGCAAAUUGCACGUGACUGUUUCCCGGUUGAUUUUAAUUAACGUAAAAUAAAAUGUUAAAAUUCCUAAAGAAAUUGAUAAAAUUGGCAAAAAUUCGAUACGAAUAUUACUUACAAUAAUUUGUUUGACUUUAUUGUUCUUUUUGGCAGGAACCAAUUACGUGAAAAUUAUCAUCUAUGUAUUUAUAUUAAAAAUAAAAUAAUUAUUACGAUUAUAAUAAUUGUUAUUGAUGUCCUUUGAAAGGUGGUUAAUUUUCUGUUGUAAUACGCUAAUUGACUGAUUAAUCGAUUAGUUUAUUGUAAAAAUAUUAGUAUGUAAUGUAAACAUGUAAAUAAACUUUAUAAAUAUAAUUUAAUAACAAAGAUACAAUGCAUUGUUGUCGCUUGUGUGUUUUGGGAAUAUUUAAAUGGAAAUAUGGGUUUAUGAUACUUUUAUUGUUACGUGACAUAUUGUCUCUGUGCUAGUGCCAGUAAGUGUUUACAUUAUGCCAGUUGUCUACAAGUACUGUUAUUGUGCGCUACUGUCUUACUGUACUGGAAAAAUGUGAGCGAUUACAAUGUGUCAAUACAAGAAUAACUGCAGUCAAAACCCACAAUGAAAGCAAAAUGUUGCUUGUAAAUAUAGUGCAGUAUAGUUUUUUAAUGUUUAAAUUUUGUAAAAGGCAAAGAUUAACAAUUGUAGUAUUUCGACGGGAAAAGUGCAAGUUUGUUAGUUAUUUUUGAUGAAAUCAUUUGCACGUAUGUAAACUGCGAAAACAGUUCUCCGAGACAAUCUUGUAGUUUCCACCAACUGUAAACAAUGCAUCCAGAUAAAAAACUCACAUAUGUGCCAUACUUUAACUGAAGGCAAAAGUUAAAAAAUGGCUACUACUAAAAAGUUGAAUACUACAUUCCCCAAUACGUGAGUAAAGGUUUUAAAUAAUGAGAUAAUACGUUCAGAAUCUUUGUUUUGGCAGUAUUUUAUAUAUUCAGUAUAAAUAUUAUCGACAUCUAUUACAUAAAAUUUUAUGAUUUGUAGUUUACCAGUUAUUAUUUUCGUAAUGUAGCUGUAACCAAAUGUAAAUUUCUCGAUAUUUAGUGAUAAUAAACAGAUCUAUCGUUUAAUUUCUUAGUUUCAUUUAAUUAUCACAUAUUUUUUACUGCAUACUAUCAUCAGAUUCCUCUGUCGAAACAUUUUUUCGGCAUUAUACUUUUUGCUAAUCAAGCCUGAUUUUUCUUGGCAAAUGUUGCGGUUUGAUAACACUCGCGUUCAGUGUUACUUUCAUUGCCUGUUAUUGUGAACAGCAAUACCCGCGUACUAUGUGAAACAAUACGGAAAAUUAGAAUACCCGGAACGUACGCAGCUGUUCAUUUUAUCCAUUUCAAUGCUUGGGAUAAUUUCUUUUAGUUAUUUGUAGGCGGAUUCUACUUUUGUAUUUUUUUUUAUGAUAUGACAACACUGAGCUAUGUAAGAUGAUUUAUUGUCAAAUGUCAAAGAGGUUACAAAUACAAGUUUGUAAUUAUUACACUUAUUUAUCUAAAAACCGUACAUUGCUUUACAAAUGAGGUUUCAGAGAACAAAAUUUAAACAACUUUGCCUUUUCUUAUGAAAUAUUUCUAAGUUACAAUCAGCAUUCAAAUUGAUAAUAAGUGACUAUUAAAGGCAAUAAUGAGUAAACAGAAACAAGUACAUUAAUUAAAAUAACUGUAUUGUGAUGAAAUUAUGGAAUUGGAUGGUUAAUAACAAAAAU